CAUAUGUAACAGCUGGAAUUGUUAUUCACAUUUUCUAAUAAUUUUCUACAAAACUCAACAAUUAUCAUUAAUUUUGCUAAAAUUUUGUAUUAAAAAUAAUGUCGGCACGUAAUUUAUUGCUAAUGGGACAAUGUAUGCCCUGUGUUAAACAAAAUGCUUCCAAAAUUCGCAUACGACGCAUGGAAUUGGACAAAAAUCUUAAUAUGUACUUUAAAAAAGAUGAAUUCUUUUUUGCUCACGAUCCCCAAAAAGUCUGCAAAACCGGUGAUGUUGUUUUAAUACGCGAACUGCCCGAACGUUUAACCCGUCUAAUUACCCAUAAAGUGGAAAAAGUUGUUUAUCAACUUGGUGACAUAACGGAUCCCCUAACCGGCAAAGCUGUUGUGGCUGGUAAAUAUCGUGAUCAAAUCGAAGAAGCCAAUCGUAUGUUUGGUAAAUCAGAGAAAGCAUUCGAUUAUAGUAAAGCACCACCUCGUGGUCGUUUGGAGGGUACAAAAGAUUUUACUCACGGUGAAACUUAUAUUAAGUAUCAUGAGGAUGGUAAAGAUCAACCAUUCGCUGUUUAGUUAGCAUAUGCAAUUAUUUGUUAUUAUGGUUUAGUUUAAUAAAGUAAUAAAACAAAAGUUACUAAUUAAAA